AUGGGAAUGUUUGUGGCACUCGGCAGUACGGGCACCCGCGGCACGGCCCCGCUGUCGGCGGCUCUCGCGGGCUGCGGAACCGGCCCCAGAGGGGGACGUGUGGUCCAUAUACUCGCACAACGGAAGCGGCUCAAGGAGAAGGCGAGGAAGGGGCGGCGCGCUGCAGAGGCGGCGGGCGAGCCGGAGGUGGCGCCAUCGCCGGCGCCGCCGCCGGUGUUCAAGACGCUCAGGGAGAAGAAGGCGGCUCAGGCGUCAGCGGAGGGCUGGGCGGCGGAGGUGGCGAGGGCCGAGGAGCUCUACGAGGAGCUGCGCGAGCGCGCGCCCCAGCACUGCCGCCGUGGCGGCAAGUGGGCGCGCGAGAAGUUCGUGAUGGCGGUGCAGGGAGAGUUCCCACGCGCGCGAGGGGCAGGCGUUCCCAAGGGGACGGUCCUGUGCCUCGGCAGGGUGCUCGACGCGCACGAUGAGCAGGAUGACGCGGAGGGUGGGCACCGGGACUGGGAGGAGGACCCGCUCGGGUUCGACACCAACCCGAUGCUGCUCCGCGCCAUGUGCAUGGCGUUCGAGUGA